AUGGGAGAAACAAUAGCCGACGUGUAUGCGGAGAGCAUUGAUCCCGAGAUCUACGCCAAUAAUCCGGCAUACUCCUCUCUCUUUACCCCAUAUAUUCACAAGCAAACGAUAAUUGCCGAUCACGUUUCAGUACAAUGCCACAUAGACCUAAAUGGAAUUGAUGCCGUUGGGUCGAAGUUCGGCAAUCUCAAUGCACACGCGGGUAAUUUUACUUCACUGUGUGCGCCUAACUGCCUACCCGAAAGACUUGCGCUUGUCGCUUACACCGUGGAAUAUGCAUUCCUUCACGAUGAUGAAACCGAUAAUGCCGCUGAUCAAGAAGCUUUGUUGCUCGAAAACAAAAUGCUUCACCAGGCUAUUAAUCAGAGCAGUAUGACUUCUGUAUCGAACAGGGUUUCAGCUAAAGCACAACGCAAAUCCGAGGUCCAGGCCAAGAUCGCGGCCGAGUACCUGCGUCUGGAUCCCGUGUUCGGCGAAUUUUUCCUUAAAGCGUGGCAAACAUUCACUGCCUCGGUACAGGACGUGAGAAGUCUUGAAUUUCCCAGUCUGGAUGACUACCUGGAGUUCAGAAUUGUUGAUGCAGCAGCAGACUGGACACUUUAUAAUUUCCGAUGGGGAUCAGGCAUCACGCUCACCCCCGAGGAAGAAAAAAUCGCUGAUCCUAUGAGCUACGUCGCAUAUGCGGAAUUAUGCCUGGUAAAUGACUUGUUCUCUUGGGACAAGGAGUACGACGCUCAUGUCAAAAGCAAUGGCGAGGUGCCGUUAGUCAAUGCGGUACAUAUUGUCGCAGUUACACAGGGUCUGACACACUGCGCAGCAAAGGCGGUUGUCCAGGCGGAGAUCCGAGCCCACGAAGAGCGAUUUUGUUACUUGAAAGAACAGUACAAGGCGACGGCUAGCCCAUCAGAUUCAGUUCUCAACUGGCUGAAACUGCUCGAGCAUUCAAUGGCUGGAAACUGGGUUUGGAGUCUGUGUGUUCCUCGUUACUUCAAGGUUGAACGGAACCCGUAUAAAGACCACCUUGAGAAGUUUGGCAGUGAGGCUGUGCGAGUUCUCACGCCUGAAGAGCACCUUCGUGACUCAAAACAAGAGACCAAUGGCACUAAAGAGAUUGAACUGCAAGAACCUAAGUCAAGUGAGUAUAACACGCUAUCUCAGUUGGUUUCAAUCCGGCAAACGAGACUAACAAUAUUCCAGACAACACAGCAGAGAGUGAUGUCCUGGCGAAGUACACAUCUGGGUAUCCCACAGUCGAUGAGAAAUCCACAGCCCGUGUUAAAUCCCUACACAUACAUCAACUCUCUGCCUUCUAAGAACGUGAGACAGACAUUGAUAGCGGCUCUGAACUCAUGGUACAAGGUGCCCGUGAAGUCCCUCCUGAUCAUAGAGGGUGCAGUCAACUUCCUACACAACUCAUCAUUAUUGCUCGAUGACAUCCAGGACGGAAGUGUCCUCAGACGCGGAAGGCCAGUGGCGCAUCAGAUAUUUGGCGUUGGCCAAACCAUCAAUACUGCGACAUACCUGAUGAACGAAGCCUUGUAUCUCGUACAGAUGCUUUCCCCGUCUGCGGUUUCAGUUUACACAGAUGAAAUGCGUAACCUGCAGCUUGGACAGGGACGCGAUCUCCACUGGAGCUACCAUACGCAUGUACCGACCCCUGCGCAGUAUAUAAGCAUGGUUGACGGCAAGACUGGCGGUUUAUUCCGUCUUAUUAGCCGUCUGAUGAGAUCCGAGGCGACGGUGAAUAGGGACCUUGAUAUAAGUCAGUUUGCGACGUUGCUUGGAAGACAUUUCCAGAUCCGAGAUGACUACCAGAACCUUCAAAGCGAAGAUUACACAAAAAACAAGGGCUUCUGUGAUGAUCUCGAUGAAGGGAAGCUAUCUUUCCCAAUCAUCUUAUCAAUGCAAUCGCCAGGAUUCUCCAACACAGCGUUGUCAAGCGUGUUUAAGGGUUCCCAAAAAGGAGAUACCCUGUCACCUGAGAUGAAGCAGUACAUACUGGAGGAGAUCACUGCUCGGGGGGCAUUCUCUGAAACGAAGGCCGUGUUGAGAAAAUUGCACAUCGAACUGCUACGCCUGCUUAUGGAGACCGAAAAGAAAGCUGGUGGCAUAGAGAAUUGGGCGCUGCGCCUGUUGAUUAUGAAGCUGGACCUCGGGGAUGAAAAGAAAAAGGAGGCGCACAAGAGUGACUCUGCUUGGAAGGUCAACCAGCGACGAGCGUGGAAAGGAAGUCAGAAGAAUGGGCGGCCUAUUGAUAAGGCUUGCUUUUUGAGAGCUAUGGAAGAGGCGUCUCAG